UUUUACCAACCGCUGAGGCUCGCCUUUGACGACCCGACUGUGUUUUGACCGGUCAACAUCCAUGCUCACAGUCAUCGUAGUUUAAAAUAGAAAUUGAUCUCAGGAUCAGAUGGCUGGGGAGGAGGGGACCGCAAGGGCGGGAUUAAUUUCCGGCAAUCAUCGGGAGAUCAUGUGAUGGGAUUUCCACUAAAUAAACCGCCGAGUUGUGGUCGCGGCGAUUAAUCGGCGGGCGGGGCCCGCGGGGCCCGCCUGGUAUUGUUGCGCUCCACGCCAAGUGGGGCCCGCUCCCUCCGCUUUCACUCUUUAUGAAUCCGUUGCAGAUUCGCUCGAAUUUUCCAUGCUUUCUCUGCGUGCAAGCCAAACACAUCGAUCGUUUCGUACGGAAAGUCAUGGCUACGCUUCCCUUAGAAGAAGUUCUUACUGGGUGCCCCAAGACACAGCAGCAGCAGCAGCAGCAAGAGAGGAAGCCGAGGCCCCAGCCAGAACAAAACCUCAAGUGCCCUAGAUGUGACUCCACCAACACCAAGUUCUGCUACUACAAUAACUACAGCCUCUCCCAGCCAAGAUACUUCUGUAAGGGCUGCAGGAGGUACUGGACCAAAGGAGGCUCCCUUAGAAAUGUCCCAGUUGGUGGUGGCUGCAGGAAGAACAAGAGGUCCUCCUCUUCUACAUCAAAGAGGGCCCAAGAUCAAGCCCUCGCAACCAACUCUAACCCACCACUACCCACCCUCCUCCCACCUCCCCUUUCCUAUGACCCCAGUGAUCUCUCCUUAGCCUUUGCCAGGCUCCACAAGCCACCCACCGGAGGCCAGUUAGGGCUGGAUGACCAUGACUCGUUCCUUCUAGGAAACCCUAACUCUGGCCAUAUCCCCACAGGAACUCCAGGCUUCCUUGACAUUCUGAGGGGCGGGCUCUUUGACACCACCACCACCACCAGUGGCUUCCACAAUCUCUACUAUGGGUUUGGGGGUCAUGGUAGUGUGGAGCAGGUGGAGGAUAGUGUUGCUGGGGAGGAGGCCGUGCUGCCAUUUGAUGGAGGUCUAACUGGUGCAACCACUGCUACAACUUCAAGCACUCCAACAACUAGCCAAGGGUCAUGCAAAGCUGCGGAUGGAGGGGAGAGCAAGAUGUUCAUGGGUCUGCAAUGGCAGGUUGGUGGGGGAGGCAAUAUGGCAGCUAUGGACCCUGGAAGAGACUACUGGAAUGGGGGUGGUUCCUCUUGGCCUGGUCUUAUCAACAGCUCCCUGAUGUAGAGGUAAACAUAGAUUGAUAGGUAGAUAGUUAUUUUCUCCUUCAAAAUGGCAGUGCCUUAGUAGCCAUAUUUGGAAACAUUCUAGUUCCAUUUUCAUCCUUUUGUAUCAGUUUUUAUGCUGUCUCUUCUUUCUUUAUUGUUAUUUUCUUUGGUUCUUACCGUUGGGCUUUCCUUUGAGUGGUGAUUGGACAAUUAUAUAUAUACUAGAACAUUAAGAUUGUUUUCUAACAAAGGAAGGAUUGGGGGUGA